AUGUCGACCUCAACUUCCACCCGCCAACUCCUCCUCCUCGCCGACCACCUCAAGCUCUCUCUCCUCGAACGCCAACGCGCCAUCUCCCUCUCCCUCGACUCCACAAAACAAGACACCCACAUCGUCCGUUCCCUCACAAAUCUACACGAAGGCAUCAUCUCCCUCGAAGCUCAACAAUCCAAUUCCGCCGACCUCUCCCGCCUCCGAACACAAUAUGCAGAUCUGUACGCUCAAUACCAUGGCUCCGCGCCGCCGACCUCUACCAUUCAACAACCCAACGACUCCACCCUAGCACCCGACUUCGCCGCCGCACAAUCGAAGCCAUUAUCAGCACAAAGUCGUAACAAAGGCGUACGCUUCCGCGACGAUCCAGACGAGGAAGAAGACACUGUUGACAUCGCCAAUCGCGCCGCAUUGUUCAACUCUGCCAGCGGAGGACAACCUUAUCGAGACGAACCCGAAGUACCUGACCAGUCCAACCUCGACAACCAACAAAUCCACGCCUAUCACAAAAAUGUCCUCCGUGAACAAGACGAGCAACUGGACUCAUUGGGAGCGAGCAUCGGACGACAACGAAUGUUGGGUAUACAAAUGGGCAACGAACUGGACGAACAGAAUGUCCUACUGGAAGACGUAGAGCAGGGCGUGGACCGACAUAGUCAUACGCUGGAUGGCGCGCAGAGGAGGUUGGGCCGGAUCGCGAGGAAAGGGAAGGAUAAUUGGAACUGGAUCACGAUCACGAUUCUGAUCAUUAUUUUGAUCUUGGUGAUUGUCGUAUUGAAGUGA